AUGACUACUGUCCAAAACCAACAAUCUUACGCUCCACUCCCCGACGACAUCUAUGACCCGGAUGAUGUUGUUUUCCCUGGCAGCCCUCCACUCCAGCCCUUGAAAGUCAACGUCCGGCCCUCUCCGACCCCGCCCUUCAUGGUCCCUAUACCUCCGUCCUCCUUAGACUUUAACUCCGAUUCCCCUUCUGGUACGUCCCGUCGCAACGGCCCCAGAAAGAUCAAGAUCACCCCGAGCCAGAGCGAUGCCGGCCUGGUUGGCAUCAUGGCUGAUGGGAAGGCUCCUGAUGUUGCAUGGCGAGCCGGGAAUGAGCUGCUGGCUGCGGAUCCGGAGGAGGACGACGAGCCGACUAUGAACGGGAGCCAUCAUGUCGAGGUCGAGGUCGAGGUCGAGGUCGAGGUCGAGGUCGAGGAGGGAAUGGAGAUGGCCGUGGGAGUGGAAGGGCAAGGGGAAGCCGACCCGGACGAAUGCGACUCGGCCAGAGCGGGAAGGGAAAAGGAUGCUAUAGAGAACCACGGCCUCGCUCUUGUCGCUGCGCAAGCUUUCGAUGCGCUGAAGAAGGCUCAAGGCGCAUCACCGCCCCAGACCACAAUGUCGGAAUCGCCGCGGACGGGAGGGGAAUCGGCGGACGAGACGCGACCUGCGAUAUCUCCAAUACCUCCAAGAACUGCCACAUACUUGGACGGCUCCCGCUCCGCUCUGUCGCCCGAAGCUGCCGCGCAAUUAGACGUACAACCCCCGGCCGCGGGGGAGCUACCGCCAAUUCGUCAAUCCUCCUCAAAUUCGGGCUUGUUGGAUGGAAGUGGAGGUCCCAUAACGCUGCCGUCAAUAUCAGACCAACUCGGAGAUAUCAGCCAUCUUCCAGAAGCUCCCGCAGCCGGAGAAUCUCAAUAUGCCCAGUCCCCGCCAGCCAGGCCGCCUCCAUUAUUUGCGGCGGGUCCAGGCCAUGGCUCACCUCCAAAAUCUCCAACUGAUACGUUUCGGGGGGAAUUGCAAUUGCCUUCCCCCGCCGGUCGAGCCACCUUUUUCAACUAUAACGCCCACCGACGACCUUCGCAGUCUGAGGCUAUACACUACUCGAGCGCGGGGGAGUAUAGCAGUGCAAAUACCGAGACUCCGAGUACAGACCAAUCAGGGGCUACACCUGCGAUUGAUCGCAUGAGUAUUGAUGGGAUAACGAAUCCGCAAAUUGGUGGGCAUCAGUGUACCUACCCAGGCUGUACCGCUCAGCCUUUUCAAACACAGUAUCUGCUGAACUCACAUGCAAAUGUCCACUCAUCAAACCGGCCCCAUUACUGUACUGUGAAGGGUUGUCCAAGAAGUGAAGGGGGCAAAGGCUUCAAACGGAAAAACGAGAUGAUACGGCAUGGUCUCGUGCACGAUUCCCCUGGCUAUGUGUGCCCUUUCUGUCCUGAUAGGGAACACAAAUACCCGCGGCCAGACAAUCUUCAAAGGUACUCGCGCAACGACCAGAGGGCCCAAGCAGAGGCAGACGACGAAGAGGAGGCAAUUCAUAACCCCUUCUUGGCACUACUUGGAUACACAAAAACCCCAAGUUUAAAAAAAUCCAAUUGGGAAUCAAAUCUCAAGACCGAGCCCGAGGUCGAGCCCAAGGUCGAGCCAAGACCGGGGUUAUCUUCUAAUACCAAUACCUAUGCUGACGGCAAAUUUACGGGCCGACAAAAGCCGGAGCAGGACCUAGCUUUACUACGGGAUUGGGGCUGGGAAACUUCAUCGAAACCAUUUUUCGAAACAAAACGGCGUUAUUAA